AUGGCGGGCUUAAACAGAAAAUACUCGAAGAAAAUUGAAGCAUUUGAUCGGAACAUCACAAAGAGAGGGCAGGUCUCCGAAAGCAAACAAAAAAGGGGAAAGGGCUACCCUGUUGGCCCCAUUGUCUUGGGCCUCUUCCUAUUCGUAGUCGUGGGGUCUGCAAUCAUACAAAUCAUCAGCUCCGCUCAAAGGGGCGCCCCUCUACCGUAG